AUGGCGGAUUCCAACGCUCUUGCCGCGUGGCACACACCCAGCAAUGUGCUCUACGUCAACUGUCUCUUGGACAUCGGCAGGGGAGAGUGGAUGUCGCCCAGUACCGCCAACCACUUCAAGGGGAAGCGUACAAAGGACAUCGUGAAAUAUAAGUGCAUCAUCCGGAAGCACAAUCGCACUGCCGUGCAGUGCCAAAAAUGCCAGAGAAGCAUCGGCAAGAACGACGUCAUUGUCGGCAUCCCAAUUAAGAGCAUACGUGGCCCAUACGGCUUUAUUUCACUUUGGAGGCACGUAGAUUGCGCUGUCCCGGCGCUGGUGUGCAUAUUCGAGCUACAGAGCUCCAAGGCAUCGCAAGCAGCUACUGGCAAAACACUUGCCAAGCAGGACGGGGAAGCUGGCACUCAUAAAGAUAAUGCAGGAGCAUCCAAGAGCGGUAAAGAUCUGCCUUCAUCGGGUGUCAAGACCAGGAGAGGCCGGAAACCAAAGGUUGAAGCGACAACCAAGGAUGAGGCGGCAGCCAGCAGUGCUGAUGCUCCGAAAUCCGACGGUGCCAAGGCCAAGGGGAAAACUGCGAAGGGCAAGGCUGCUAAAGCGGCAAAGGAUGAAUCUGGGGACAAGGAAGAUUCUAAGGGUACAGACGAGACAGGUAAAGGGAAAGAGGAACCUGAUCCCCUUAUGGCUCAGCUUGUCGAGCAUGCGUACGGUUUCGAUAGCCUUGGCGCCUUGCAGAAAGUCGUUGUCGCAAAAAUUAGGCUAGCAAUGGAAUAUCCGGACGAGUUAGACGAGGAGUUCGAAAUUAGGGACGCAGUUGAGACGGUAGCCAUCACCCCGGAGCUGGAGUCGCUGCCACAACCGCCCGAGUUGCUCGUGCCUUUGUUGCCAUUCCAGAGGGACGGAGUCACGUGGAUGUACCACCAAGAGAAGGGGCCAGUCAAAGGGGGGAUAUUGGCAGAUGAAAUGGGAAUGGGCAAAACCAUACAAACAAUUGCUCUCCUGAUCGCUGCGAAGCGUGAUGCGCUGCUAGCGCAGCAGAAGGCGCAAGCAAUAGAAUCCGGCGCCGAUGCUGCUGGGAAGUCAACAUCGAGGAAAGGAAGCGCUUCUAGUAGUAAAGAGGCACCGCAGGUAGAUUCGCAAGUGACGUACAAGCCAGAAAGUAAACCUGAAAGCAAAGGUAAAAAGGGUAAGAAGUCGGACAAGAAGGAUGCCAAGAACGUUUCUAUGCUCAACCGUCGGGGUUGCACGCUUAUAGUCUCACCUCUUGCGGCGCUGCUCCAGUGGUACAACGAAAUAAAAACCAAAGUCGCAGAUGGCUACUUGUCGGUGUUGCUUUACCAUGGGCCGCACCGAAAGAGCUUGACGCAUGUGCUGCACGAGUAUGACGUGGUUCUCACCACGUACGCCAUCGUGGAAGCUGAGUUCAGAAAGGUGCAGAACAAGAGCAAGAUAGCGUGUGAGUUUUGCGGUCGCAUGUACCUUCAUAAAACGCUCGUCCUGCACCAGAAAUACUUCUGCGGACCAACUGCGAUACGUACGGAAAAGCAGCGGCUUAGUGAGCGGAAGGCCGACUCAGGCUCAAUCGUGCUCAAGAUUCACGCCCGGUUGUUCCCUGACAUCAAGAAAGCUGUAGACGAGAUCAACGCCAAAAAGGGCGAAGCUGACAAUGAAGCAUAUGAAGAUGAUGACAACGAUUCGUCUGGAUCACCGAAACGGCAGAAAGUUGAAGUGGAAAUGGAAGUGGAAGAGGAGGAUCCCGAGGACGAAGACUACUUUGGGGCCAAGCUUCUGAAAAUUGAGAUCACGGACGCUUUCACUACAUUGGGUAUACCUGAAAAGGAUGUUGAGUCGGCUUUGGGGUCGCUGAGCAGUGGUGUCAAAGUAUUCGUGGAGCAGCUAAAGGUCCUGGCAGAGAAAAGCAACGUCAGAGAGAUGAAACAGCUCGAGCUUUUGGAAAGGUUUGCCUCUUCUGAUGAGUUGGACAUGGGCCUGCUCAAGUCCACAAGGGUGGUGGAGCUAAAGUCUCUGUUGGGACACUUCGGUUUGAGUGCUUUUGGUUCCAAAACCGAAUUGAUCAACAAGGUCAUUGUCUUCAUUAAUAAGAUGCGUCGACUGAGCGAGCAAUAUUCAGAAGCAUCGAUUGCUACGAAAUCCGCUGAAAAUAAGCUUCCUAUCGGCGUCACGGGAGGUAGCCCUGAUGGGGACAUGCAGAAUGUGAGGGUAAAACUGGAAUUUGAUGAAAGCAGUAUAAAGAAGCUAGUGUCUAAGAAGAAGAUACUUGAUAAUGAAGAAGCUAUUCCUGAUUAUGAUGCCACACCCAGCUCAAUGGCCACCAUAGAAGCCGACAACGCGGAAUCAGACGGCAGUUAUGAAGACGACGAAGAAGCUACAGUCGUCCGACGAAGGUUGAGGUCUGGGACAACACAUAAAGACAAGGAAGCAAGCACAAGUGGCGGCAAAUCAGGCCGUGAUAUGAAACGCAAGAGGGAAUCGAUUAGCAACACUGCAAUAAAGGUGAAGCUGGAGGAUGGGACCGGCGAUGGAUUGGCAACCCAGCUACCGGAGAAAGCAACCGAAAUAAAGGUCAAAAUGGAACCAGACAGUGCGAACACGAACGUAUAUAAGCCUUUGAAAAGCCAUGUCAAGAAGGAAACUGUCGAUCAAAAGAGGCUUAAACCUCUUCCUUCUGCAUCUGAUGAAACUAUCUGCGAGGGGAGCGUUUUGCAUGAAAUGGUUUGGGACCGUAUAGUGAUAGAUGAGGCGCACAGGAUCAAAACAAAAUCUAACUCGACCUCUCAGGCGAUAAUACGUCUGAGAUCAUCAGGGUCCAGGUGGUGCCUGACCGGGACCCCGCUACAAAACAGGGUCGGCGAUGUCUUCAGCCUCAUCAGCUUCCUUAAAAUGUACCCAUUUGCGCAUAAUUUCUGCGGAAAGUAUGGCUGUAGUUGCGAGUGUACCGAGUUCUCGUGUUCGGACUUCAAGUAUUGUGACUUCUGCGGCCACUCGCGGAUCUUGCACUACUCCUACUUUAACAAGCGCAUCCUAAAGCCAAUUCUCAGCUGCGGGUAUAGUAACGAAGGUCAGGUGGCGAUGAGUGCACUGCACAACGAUGUCCUCGGUAAGAUCAUGCUGAGAAGGACGAAGGCAGAGAGAGCAAAGGACGUUAAUCUGCCACCAAUGCACGUUACCAUACGCAGAGAUGUACUGUCGGAUUUCGAACGCGAUUUCUACGAAGCGCUUUACAAACAGUCAGCCAUAAAAUUCGACACCUAUGCUCGCUCCGGCACGCUGCUCCACAACUACGCGCACAUAUUCGACCUGCUAACGAGGCUGCGACAGGCAGUGGACCAUCCGUAUUUGAUUCUGUAUGGCCCCUCUUCGCUUGCAAUGAAGGCAAGCAACGCACCGGACCCAAAGACGAAGGCGGAGCUCGAGGCGACUGUUAGUGAGAGCCUACCGGCGGCGGGAAGCGAGCGCAGCUGUGGACUUUGUUUCGAUAAGCUUACGGAUAGCGAUGAGUUCUGUACGUCAAACUGCAAGCAUUCAUUUCAUCAGCCGUGCCUUAACGACUACCUCCAAAGCAGGCCCGAUGACGUAACCGGAGACGAUAACAAUGUUGUGACCUGUCCCACAUGUUAUGCAGCGCUGACCAUCAAGAUACGUCAUACCCCGCAGGUGGAGGAGGAUUCACCCGCGCGAACUGGUAGCGAUGCCGCGCCGCAUGGCACAUCCAAGCAUAGCAUCCUGCAGCACAUCAAACUUAGCGAGUUCAAGUCCAGCACCAAGAUCGAGGCGCUGUUCGCGGAAAUUUCCGAGAUCCUCACUACCACCACUGACAAGUGCCUUGUGUUCUCGCAGUACUGCUCGAUGCUGGAACUUAUCUCAUUCCGCCUCAAGACAGCACAGGUGCAAUGUGCCGUGUUGGCAGGCUCCACCAGCCUCGAAGCUCGACGCAACAUGUUGUUGGAAUUUAACAACAAUCCCAACUUGCGGGUCAUGUUGAUCAGUCUUAAAGCAGGUGGCGAGGGUCUCAACCUUCAGAUCGCGAACCGCAUUUUUCUGAUGGACCCCUGGUGGAACCCUGCAUCCGAGCUUCAGGCCAUUCAGCGGGCCCACCGCAUCGGUCAGACAAAACCCGUGUAUGCGGUGCGGUUUAUCUGCAAGGACACUAUUGAAGAACGUAUCAUUGAGCUCCAGGAAAAGAAGAUGAUCGUGUUCGAUGCCACCAUAUCAUCUUCCGCGGAGUCCAUGGCCAAGCUCAGCUCGGAGGACCUUUCUUUCCUGUUCAAACGAUAA